AUGGCCAUCACUCUCGACCCGUCCAAGCCUCCCUUGGCGACCAUUGGACGUGCCUUGACAUUGGUCCAGGUCAUCUUUUACCUGCCCUUGACGCUCGAUGUUGGUGGUCCAGAUGCAUUCCUUGCCCUCUCUGCCUCUCUAGCAUCCUACUACUGGUGUCUCUCCUCUUUGCGUCUGCUCACUAGGAAGACUCGCCUGCAGUGGAUUGGGACGCUCUUUGCCUCCUUCCAAUUCCUAGUCGUACCGAGCUGCCUGGCAAUCUGCUGGGCCGUAUACUGUCCUCCAGAGAAGAAUUACUUCUUUGUGAGAUGGGCAAGAUCUGCCUCGGCUGGAGGGGGCUUGCUAGCCAACCAUGGAUCUACGACAGGCGAAGGACUCUUGCGGAAUCAUGAUGCUAGUGUUGGAGGAUACCAUCCCGCGACACCUCCACACCUAGCAGCCAUCAUGCAAGCGAUCACACCAAUCCUGAAGAGCCGCAACACGCAUCCGUAUCUUGAGGGGUUAUUCGACUUCACUAGCGCAUCCAUCCUCUAUCUGGCUCGCAAAGUUCCGACGUGGUGGGGCACUCUGCUUCGUACCUCAAGCCCUGUCUUCAGUCUGUUGGAAGGGUCUGCAACGCUCCUGGUCAUUCAGGUGCUGGGCACAGGCUGUCGCUAUAUCAUUGCGACCUCCCUCACUACCCCGGCUUCGUCAUUGGCGGAUCCCGAUGGCUCUCCACUACAAGAAGGCAGUGAUGGCAACGCUCGGUCGAAAGCCGCCCGCCCCACCUCGCGUUACAGGCCGCUCUCCUUCCUGGCCUCCAUCGGCAUCCGGGGCGCCGAAGCCUGGCAACUGUUCUUCCUACUGGCAUCUGCCAUCAUCUAUGUCAUCUCGGGUUGGUCCCUGUACCUCUCCUUUGAAGGAGUCGCAGCUCGAGGAGGCGGUGCUAGUCUGAUGAUGGGCGUUAGCGUAGCCAGUGUUGCCUGGCUGACUGCCAUUGCAUUUGGACUAGGGAAGGGCAACGUCAUCGAGACUUCACUAAUAGCUGCAUACACAGCUUGGAAUAUCUUUGCGCUCUCCUCGUCCCCCUCCCCUUCCUUCCUCUCAGAUCCCAUCGCCCUAGUCCGAUCCUUCAAAGGCCAAGUCGCAUCCUCCUCUACAUCCUUCCCCUUUGAUCAACUUCUCUUCCUCUCACCUGAGCGACUUGCGACGCUGCCAGGCUAUCUUCCUGUGAAGCACUACCUUGAGAACAGUGAAGUCGUCGCUGAUUCUCUGACUCUCAUCCGGGUGACCUUUGGACAAAGCUUGACCUUCCUGAGCGCGCUGGCAAGUGCUCUUCCUGCCAGUGUCGUAGUCAGCCUGGUCUAUCGUUUGAUGGUUCUCUACGCUGCUUCACGUAUUCUGCCCUUCCUGUGCGGCCCGUCAGCAAGGAGAAGCAGACAAGAGCAGUGGCCCCCUCGGAAGCACCGCCAGCAUCAUCACAGCUCAAGGCGGAGCUCUCCCAGCAGCAGGCAUAGCGAUUCUUCUUCCUCCUCGUCGUCAUCGGGCUCGUCCACGACCACCUUCUCCUCAUCGUCAAGUGCCGGCGGCAGUGUGAGCAGCAGCGCAGAAAGCGAUUUCGAUCAAGAAGUUGACGGUGUAGAGACGGAGCGAAGGGAGAAGAAGGCCAGGCGGCGUUCAGCUGGAGAGGAUGGCUCUAGGCGGUCAUCCUCGAGGAGUGGUCGACGGAGCACUCCCAAGCAAAAUUCCGACGCAGAAACAGAGCCAUUUGGCUCCUUUAUCAGUGUCAUCAUCUCCUAUGCUCGCCUCAUCCUGAUUGCGGUGUACUCACACUUGCUGCUCCUGGACCAGUCCCAUCAGGCCAUGUGGCGCUUCUCGACCGUCAGCGUCACGUUGGGCCUCUGGACGAUGGAGCUGCUCCUCGGCGGCAGUAACGACGAGAUGGAAUUUGCCAGCGCGGCUUCUUGGGGCCGAGGGAGGUAGACCAGGUCCAGAUGUUUUCCUGAGGUUGUAUUAUACCGUUGUCACCGAUCGUUCCGCUUGAUGUCAAUUGCUAAGAUCCUGCCAGGAGUCACCCGAACGUGGUCCGACUGUAGAAUGUUGCUCCACCCUCAGAGCCCCUUUCCGUGUCCGCUGCACUUUGU